CAGUGGUGAUGUAAGUUCCUUUUGAGGAAGACCCGGAAACAAGACUGGGAGAAGACUAAACAACCGUGCCCCUGGAAGUAUGGUACCCAUGCCCUGUAAGCAGAUGCUAAGCACCAGGUUAACCAAUAUUUACACAAAGGUUAACCUUGAUGGAGGCAAAUGGUUCUACUUAUACAUAUAGUAGUGAUUACCUUGUCGCGCGUGAUGUCUGUCGGUCGACAUUUGGAUCUACACCGAAUACCUUGCUCGUGAAGAUACAGUUCUCGAAUCAUGGCCCCCCCCUCAGAAAAAACCAAGGCUCAAAUCAGCCAGAUCCUCAACGGUGUCGAACACAUCACUCGGCACAAUCAAGACCCCUACAAGGUGAAGAUAGAGAACUUCAUCGGCUAUACGCACGUUCCGGUUGGAUUAGCUGGACCGCUACACAUUCGGACGCCCACAGGGCCCGACAAGGAGAUCUGGGCGCCCAUGGCCACCACUGAGGCGGCGGUAGUCGCCAGCUGCUGUCGCGGAUGCAAGGUUGCCAAUGCCUCUGGUGGUAUUGAAGUCCACAUGGGGGAUGAGGGCAUGACGCGCUGCCCGGUCUUUCGCUUCCAAAAUCCCGGAGAUGCGUUGCGAUUUGCGCGCGCGCUGCCUACCCUCCAGGCAUCGUUCAAGGAAGUGGCGGAGAGUACCAGCAAGCAUGCUCGCUUACAGAGCCUAAAACCGCAUACGAUCGGCCGCUCUGUCCAUCUGCUUCUGAGCUACGCUUGCGGAGACGCGUCAGGCCAGAACAUGGUGACUAUAGCUACAGAUCGGAUCUGUGACUGGGUGUCGAAGAACCUAGAAAAGAUAUAUAAGGUUGUGGACACACUUGUAGAAGGCAUGCUAUCCUCGGACAAGAAGCCAUCGUGGAGGAAUGUGGCCGUUGUCCGGGGUGUCGAGACCGUGGCCUGGACAGCUCUAUCCGACUCCGCAUGUCAGCGAGUCUUAGGCUGCUCAUCCGCACAGUUGUAUAGUUUCAUUCAGACGACCCAAGAAGCGGGGAUUCGAAAUGGCGAGCAUGGCAGCAAUAUCGACUCCGCCAAUAUAUUGGCAGCCAUUUUCAUUGCCACGGGUCAAGAUCCGGCGUGCGUCGCGGAUGCUUCGUGGGCACAUCUGACGCCAGAAUACGAUCAGGCGUCCAAGACAAUAACGUUGAGCCUGUAUUUCCCCUCCAUACCUGUAGGGGUAAUCGGCGGGGGCACGUCAUACGCGACACAGCAGGAAGGCUUGCGGAUCAUGCAGUGCAAUGAACCCGGCGGUAAGCGACGCCUGGCUGGGUACAUUGCUGCGUUUGCUCUGGCGCUGGAGAUCAGUACGGCUUCUGCUGUGGUGACGAAGACAUUUGCUCGCAGUCACGAGCGGUUAGCACGUUGGGAGGCUAGUGAGAGGCCAAGGUCCAAAAUGUGAGACACGUCAGUUAGUAAGAGACCGUGGUGGGGGUGGGGUGGAGGGAAUGGAGGUAUAACAGUUCCAGUUUAGUAUAGACUAGGCGGAGGAGACAGUAGACCGAAGUAGAUAGUAAGUGAUACCAAGAUGAGUGAAAAUUGUCCCGAGAGUGCCUGUAUCUGUACCACUUCGCUAUUAGGAGACCGAAUUUGAUGAUCUUCAGUGGAGGGAGCUGUAUUCCACGCAACUCUAUGGACUGG